AUGAGGAAAACUCUUAUUUUCUUGAGUUUACUGUUUACAGUAACUGCAGACGCUUCGGCUAAAAACAAUCCAACCAAUGCACUCCACGGCAUCAUUGAAAAGUUCGAGUCCCUUUCCCGUAUCACCAAUGGACUGGCACUUCAAAAAGAACUCAACUCCAAAUCUCUGAAAAUCGAUCACCUGCUGGCUGAAAUCCUUGGAAUCAACCCGGAAAAUAAUGGAUUUGAGGAAUUAAGGAAGUUCAAAAUGGACGAUUUAUCUAAAAGGUACGCGAAAAUUUCCACUGAUGCGGGUACUGUAAAAAAGUCGAAUAUCGAUGAAUCGAUGGUGAAAUCCCAACUGGAUGUUCUUGGAAAAAUGGGGGAAGAUUUGGAGGUUUUAAAAAGUGGAGAAUACCAGAAUGUGGAUGAGAUUGUGGAAAAGGGGAAGAAGAUUUUUGAAAUGCGUGUUACUUCGAUAUCUGGAAUUUUUAAUACAUUUCCAAGGGCACUCAAUAAAACAUUCAAUCUAAAAGACGGCCGGUCCGAUGAGAACGAGUUUAAAAGCAGUUUCAAAUUGUUGUCCGAAGUAAUCAAUGAUUUCCGAGACAAGGCGUUGAAUGACAAAAUGACUGAAACUAAAGUUCAUUGGAGAAGUUUCAAGACUAAAAUCGACAUCAUAAAAGUUAAGAAAUCUUUGGAUCUUGUGGAAGGUGCCAGUCAUCAUGUAAUGGAUAUUAGUUCGUUUCAAACUCUCCAAUUAUCCUCAUCUGAAGUCGAAAGAUGCCUUAAGGAUCUCACUCAAAUUUCUGUAGACGUUGAUUUUGAACAAUUGAAUAAAAUGCUGAAUCAACUAGAGUCUAUUGAAAAAGCCGCAUUGGAAUUGAAACCGUUGUUGGUUGAAUUCUCCGAAAUCUCAGUUCUCGAAAACGAAACCAUGUUCAAUGCUUUUGAAUCAGAUUUAGGUCAAAUAGAUCACACUCUAAAUUAUAUGGGAUUGCAACAAGAAGCUGAUCGGCUGAGAGCUAAACCAGAAUACAAAGACCUUCUGGAAGGAUUUCUCACGGCAAACGAAAUCAUAGGCAAGAUUGAGAACAUUGGGAUUAGAAACUUGUUGAUUCGAAAAAUUCAGAAAUGGGAUGCACUUUCAAAAGCUAAAGUCGUUUUGAACGGUACGAGCCUGAUUGAAACCCUCGAAUGCCUUCAACAGAAGAAAUUUGAUGCCACUGGAAUUUCAAAGCUUCUGACAUUUGGAUCCAUGAUUCGAUCAAUUGGUGAUGAAUACAAGAAGGAUAAGAGUAUGGAGACAUUUAUUGGACAAGUGGACCAAUUCCAAAAAAGUUUAAGAAACUUGGCUGCCAGCGUUCGUCCCAAAAGAUCACCUUCAAAUUCAACAGUUGAUUCUUUUCAAAAUGGUCUAAUAGUGGCACAGGAUCUCAGUAAAGGAGUGGAUCUCCUUCGGAAAAUGGGAAAUCUCUAUGGAAAGAAAAAGGAUUUGGACAUGGUUGUGGCUGGAGGGAAAGAAGUUUUCCAAGAGUUUCAAAAUAUUAUCGCUUCUGUUGAUACUGAGAAAUUGGAGUCUGAAAUGAAGAAGACGUCGGAGAUCUUCAGAAGCUUGAGUCUAACGCAAAGAAAUAUCCAAAUCCAAAUCUUCAAGUCAUGGGAGAGUUUUUUGAAAACGCGAGCACAAUCCACGAAGUCUUCAAAUCAAAAGAUUCAAAGUGUGGCAGUUCCACUCAAAACUCUCGGAAGUCUUCAACUGGAUUUCUCAAAUGGAAGAUCUGAUUUCAAAUCUGCCCAAUUGAGUCUCUCGAAACUCCAGGAGUACUUUGAUCAAGUCUUUUCAAUUCAACGAAAGUCCCACAACGCCGAAUCCGAUCCUUUGAAUUUUAAGACCAUUGGAAUCUAUGGAGGAAGUGGACUGAUUUUUAUAGCAACUUUAAUUGGAUUCAUUUUCUUGGCAAGAUGUAUAGUGGACGAUAGGAAGCGCAGCGAUCCUAACUACUAUAUUCAUCUUCUGGAUUCUGGAGAUGAGUCGGUGUUAACAACGUCAAAGAUGAUGGCCGUAGCUACGAAUUUCUUCACAUUCAUCGAGCGAUUCGACGUUUGGCAAAAAGGAAAAUUUUUGACGCCUCUACACAUAGCAGUUAAUAAUUAUGACUUUGAUAUGGCGCGAAUUCUUCUUAUGAAUGGAGCCGACAGAUCUCUUAAAGAUAGUGAUUAUAAAACGGCGGAAGAGUGUAUCCAUGAAGAUGACGACGAUACGAAAAAGGUGUUUGACGAGUUGAAAGGAAAAUCUUACCGUCGAAGACUGCCACAACAAUUUCCAAAAUCGAAAUAUUUGAUUUACGGGCAUUUUCCAGGGAGAUGGAGUUUUCGGACAGUGAAUGCGAAAGAAAUGGCGACACAUAUGGUAUUGUUGGAGGGGAUAACAAAUGAAGACAACGUCAAUUUGGACGGAAUUAUGAGUCUUCAACCGACUGAUCUCAAGUUUUUGUUCCAAAACGUAAUGAUAAUGAAGAACACUUGGCUAACGGUUUGUAGCAAAUGGUGGCAUCCUUGGCUUUCCGUCGAUUUCAAGUAUCGUGUGACAAAAGUGGAAUUUAGUGGAAAAAUUUACGAGACGGUUGAGAAAAUCCAUCAACACAGCCAAGAACGACGUAUUCCAUUUUUGUUUGGAAUCAAAGUCUAUUUGAUUGGUUUUGACGACAAGGACAAAACAUCCAGAGAAGUGCGUGAUGCAUUGAAAGACACGAUGCCGUUGUUAGGAGUCGAUGAAGUUAUCACAAAACGAAUCCUAAAACCAAUGGACAAAAUUUUCAUUCAAGGAGACGUUUCUGAAGUUUCUCAAGACAAGAGAUGGAAUCCAGAAUACUUGAAAUGCAAUCGUUUUUCGGUGAUGACUGUGAAUGAAUUGCUCGAAUUCCUCCUCAAAUUCGAACCGCAUCAUUAUGGAUUGUCUGGAAAGGAAGAUGAGACCACGUUCAAAAAAUGGCAGCCAUUUAACAAAGAACCGGAAUAA